AUGGAGAAAUCAAAAUCUAGCAUCGGCUCGCUGGACGCGGUCGAGAGCGCUCAGCUGGGUACUUACCAGGAUGAGCAACUCUAUCGGCUGGGUUAUACGCCCCAGCUGCGUCGCACACGAAAGUUGUCCACUAUGCUGUUUAUGUCACUUUCAAUCGCAUCUAUCCCAUAUGGCAUCGGCAGUUCCCUAAUGAAUGCUGUAUACGGCGGUGGUCAACUAUCCCUGUUUGUCGGAUUGCUCGUUGUGCUGGCAUUGGAUUCUUGUGUCGCAGUUUCUCUUUCAGAACUCGCAUCAAGAUAUCCCACCUCUUCUGGUGUCUAUCAUUGGUCGUUCAAACUUCUCAAAUCAACCGGAAGUCGACGGCUAGUAUCUUUCGUAACUGGCUGGAUCUGGCUCAUCGGCAAUUGGACCAUCUCUCUUUCGGUCAACUUUGGCAUCGCGUCGCUCAUCGCUGCUACCGUGUCAAUUUUCUAUCCUGACUGGACCGCCACGUCCUGGCAGCUUUUGCUCAUCUUCUACGCGAUCUGUCUUAUCACCUUCACAAUAUGCUUUUUCGGUGACCAUUUACUUCCCCUCAUUGACACCCUCUCGGCAGCAUUUUCGGUUAUCACUUGCAUCGCCUUUGCUGUCACCAUGGUCGUACUCGCCAAAGACGGUCGACACGAUGCACAUACCGGUUUUGCUGGCUAUGACCCUUCUUACUCCGGAUGGGAACAGCAUUUCACAUUUUUCAUCGGGCUCCUUCCACCAGCCUACGCGUUCUCCGCUAUUGGAAUGGUCACGUCCAUGGCAGAGGAGUGCACGGAUCCUGAAACACAAAUUCCUAUAGCAAUCAGCCUGGUGCCUGUUAUCGCUGGUGCGGCAGCACUGGUGUUUACCUUACCAAUCUGCUUUACUCUUCCGCCUCUGGCAGAUAUCAUCACUGCGCCCUAUGGUCAGGCGCUGCCAUAUGUCAUUCAUGUUGUGACAGGAUCAUCCGUAGCGUCGAUCAUUUUGAUGAUCCUCGUGCUGCUUGUUGCUAUGUUCUGCUCUAUUAGCAUUACAACGACAGCUGGCAGAUGCACUUGGGCAUUUUCUCGAGAUGAUGCCAUUCCAAUGUCGCACCUGUGGUCAUCCACCUUCAGGGAUAGUCCACUAUCAGCGCUCUGUCUGGUUACAGCCAUUGAGAUGCUCCUGGGUCUCAUCUAUCUCGGAAGCAGCAGUGCUUUUACGGCCUUCGCGUCAGUCGGCGUGAUUGCAUUGGCUGUUGCAUACGCGAUUCCCAUUGCGAUCAGUCUUUUUGUUGAUGGUCGGAAAGAAGUGGCCCAGUCUCGCUGGAAGCUAAACUAUACCAUUGGAACAGUAGCAAAUGUCUUGGGGAUAUUGUGGAUUAUCUUCCAGGUGAUCCUAUUCAGUAUGCCAGUCACGCUGCCAGUUACCAGUGAGUCCAUGACAUACGCAUCAGUCGUAUUUGUUGGAUGUGUCGCUCUAAGUAUGGGCUGGUAUCUGCUCCACGGUCGGAAAUAUUUCAAAGGGCCGAAGGAAGAGAUAGAACAAUCCUAA